GGUCAGCGGUAGUGACGUUUAUAGUGUUGCUGCUUCUUGGGCUCGUGUGUCAUAAAUUAGCGCUGCAUUGCAAAAUAACUACGGUAUAAAUUGACUUUUUUUUUGUCGUUGUUCAUUUUCACAGGUAACAAUCACGGAUUAUAUUGAAUCAUGGUCGUAAACGUGUUCUUGAAACAAUCCGAUUGAAACGUGCAUGCUAGAAAGUUAAGACUUGUAACUAAGGGUCGCGCAAUGUUAGGAGACAUGAUUCUGAGGGCUUUCAGACUGACAGUGAGAGUGUCUGCAGUGGUUCAGUGUCCAGCUCUCCAUUCACACAGAGCACUGCACUCCAGCUCUGCGCUCUGGGCUGGACACAACAAAUGGUCCAAAGUGAAGGACAUUAAAAUCCCCAAAGAUGCUGCUCGAUCCCGAAUGAUUGUCAAGUACACCAUGAUGAUCAGGAUUGCAGUAAGAGAGGGAGGACCCAAUCCAGAAUUUAAUGUUGCUUUGGCACAAGUUCUAGAGCAGUGUCGGAACAAGAAUGUACCCAAAGCCACUGUAGAAGGAGCUAUAAAAGGAGCCAAGUCAAAGCCAGGAGUACAGUAUGUUUAUGAGGCCGCGGGACCGGGCGGGUGCACGCUGCUCAUUGAGGUUUUGACUGAUAACAACACCCGGUCCCAUCAAGAAAUCAAACGGAUCUUGAUGAAACAUGGUGGGGCGCUGUGUGAAGGAGCACGCCGGAACUUUGACAGGAAGGGUGUUGUGGCCGCAUCCAGAGAUGGGAUCUCCUCUGAGAGAGCUCUAGAGCUGGCCAUUGAGGCAGGAGCUGAAGAUGUGCAGGAGAUAGAGGAUGAGGAGGAACGACCCAUACUACAGUUUAUCUGUGACAUUGCGUCCAUGAAGGCUGUGCGGAGCGCUCUAGAAAGUCUGGGGGUACCCACACUUUCAUCCGGGCUGGAGUUUGUUUCUCACACCCCGUCUCUCCUGACUCAGGCUCAGCUAGAGACCGCGUCCUCACUGCUGGAGGCUCUUAGUGACUGUCCUGAUGUGGUCCGGGUUUGGGAUAACAUCCAUACACAGACCUAGAGUUCACAAUAAGUCAACUGACAAAUGGAAGAACACACAGAUAGAUGGACUAAUUAGUGAUCUACAUGCCUUAAGAGCAACUAAAAGAAAUGGACCACUUGGCCAAAAUUUUAUUGGACUUCACUUGGAUUUUUUUGUGUGAUGGUAAAUAAAUAAUGAUAUACUGUAUCUUCAUCGUGGCAAUAAAGAAGAUAUUCA